AUGGCGUGCGGCAGCGGGAGGGUCACCAUCCGGCUGGUGGACGACGAGGCGGAGCCCGGGGCUCAGGGCCCACAGCUCUUUCGGGGCCAGGACUAUGAGGCGAUUCGGGCAGCCUGCCUGGAGUCGGGGGUCCUGUUCCGCGACCCCCACUUCCCUGCUGGCCCUGACGCCCUCGGCUAUGACCUGCUGGGACCAGACUCGGAGAAGGCCAAAGGGGUGGAAUGGAAGAGGCCCCAUGAGUUCUGUGCAGAGCCACGGUUCAUCUGUGAGGACAUGAGCCGGACAGACGUGUGCCAGGGGCGCCUCGGGAACUGCUGGCUCCUGGCGGCGGCCGCCUCCCUGACCCUGUACCCGCGGCUCCUGUGCAGGGUGGUGCCCCCCGGCCAGGGCUUUGGAGACGGCUACGCGGGGGUCUUCCACUUCCAGCUCUGGCAGUUCGGCCGCUGGGUGGACGUCGUGGUGGACGACAGGCUGCCCGUGCGCGAGGGGAAGCUGAUGUUCGUGCGCUCGGAUCAGCGGAACGAGUUCUGGGCCCCGCUCCUGGAGAAGGCCUACGCCAAGCUCCAUGGCUCCUACGAGGUGAUGCGUGGCGGCCACAUGAACGAGGCCUUUGUGGACUUCACGGGCGGCGUGGGCGAGGUGCUCUACCUGCGCCACGGCGCGCCCGGCCUCUUCUCCCUCCUGCGCCGCGCCCUGGCCAAGGAGUCCCUGGUGGGCGCCACGGCCCUGAGUGACCGGGGCGAGUACCGCACAGAAGACGGGCUGGUGAGGGGACACGCGUACUCAGUCACGGGCACACACAAGCUGUUCCUGGGCUUCACCAAAGUGCGGCUGCUGCGGCUGCGGAACCCCUGGGGCCGCGUCGAGUGGACCGGGGCCUGGAGCGACAGCUGCCCGCGCUGGGACUCACUCCCCGCCCAGUGGCGAGACGCCCUGCAGGUGCAGAAGGAGGACGGCGAGUUCUGGAUGGAGCUGCAGGACUUCCUCCACCAUUUCAACACCGUCCAGAUCUGCUCGCUGAGCCCCGAGGUGCUGGGCCCCAGCCCGGCGGGGGGCGCCUGGCACGUCAACACCUUCCAGGGCCGCUGGGUGCGCGGCUUCAACUCCGGCGGGAGCCAGCCCAGCGCCGAAACCUUCUGGACCAACCCCCAGUUCCGGCUGACGCUGCUGGAGCCGGAUGAAGAGGAUGACGACGACGAAGAGGGGCCCUGGGGGGGCUGGGGGGCAGCGGGGGCGGGGGGUCCCGCGCGGGGCGGCCGCACCCCCAAGUGCACGGUCCUGCUCUCGCUCAUCCAGCGCAACCGCCGGUGCCUGAGGGCCAAGGGCCUCACCUACCUCACCGUGGGCUUCCACGUGUUCCAGAUUCCAGAGGAGCUGCUGGGCCUCUGGGACACCCCGCGCAGCCGCGCCCUCCUGCCCCGGCUGCUGCGCGCCGACCGCUCCGUGUUCUGCGCCCGCCGCGACGUGAGCCGCCGCUGCCGCCUGCGCCCCGGCCACUACCUGGUGGUGCCCAGCGCCGCCAAGGCCGGCGACGAGGCCGACUUCACACUGCGCAUCUUCUCCGAGCGCCACCACACGGCCCUGGAGGUUGAUGACGUCAUCAGCGCUGACCUGGAGGCCCUCAUGGUCCCCUAUGUGCCCAUGGCACCGGAGUUGGAGCUGCUGUUCCAGGAGCUGGCGGGGGAGGAUGAAGAGCUGAGCGCCCCCCAGCUGCAGACCUUACUCAGCAUCGCCCUGGAGCCCGCCAGAGCUAACAGCGGGGUCCCCAGAGAGAUCGGGGUCAGGACCUGCGAGCAGCUGCUGCAGUGUUUUGGGCACGGGCACAGCCUGGCUCUGCACCACUUCCAGCAACUCUGGCGCCACCUGGUGGUGUGGCAGGCCACGUUUGACAAGUUCGACGAGGACGCCUCCGGGACCAUGAACUCCUAUGAGCUGAGGCUGGCGCUGAACGCCGCAGGCUUCCACCUGAACAACCAGCUGACCCAGGCCCUCACCAGCCGCUACCGGGACAGCCGGCUGCGUGUGGACUUCGAGCGCUUCGUGUCCUGCGUGGCCCAGCUCACCUGCAUCUUUCGUCACUGCAGCCAGCACCUGGGUGGGGGUGAGGGGGUCGUCUGCCUGACCCGCAGACAGUGGCUGGAGGUGGCCACCUUCUCCUAGGAUCUCAGCACCUGCUGCGGAGCGAGACCACCCGCCCCCACCCCUGCACCUCGGAUCUGCGCUCCCCUCACCGGCGAACGGGCCUGGGGCCCCCAGCUGCGCCCUCUCAUGGUCACUCACGGAGUGGGGCUCUCGGGCAAGGCGCA